GUAAAUUAUAGCCGAGGUGAGUCGAACAUUUUAAACUGUGGUAUUUGUGCGUAUGUGCCAUUUUAUUUACGGUGUAGAUAAUUCACGUAUCAGACUCAGAGUCAUUGAGAGGAUGGCAAAUUUAGAUGAAGAGAGGUAUUUGAGAAAUCUAUUGCUGCUUGGCAAAGGAACUUCAUUUGUGUUAAAGAGCCUUGUAGUGCAAGAAGUAAGUAGAUCCGGAAAAACCUUAGAGAACCUGCUUCUUAAUAACAGAAAAUUAUUCAAUGGCAUAUUCAAAGAACAACGAGACAUUCUUUACCCAGCGCCUUUGACAGCAAAUGCAGAUUUAACGACUUGGGAUCUAUCGCUCCUUCUGCUUGUCGUGAAGAAAUUAUUCUACCCAGCACUACCACCAGUUAUUGCAUCACAGAUAGCGGCAUUAAAGGUCUUUAGAAAUUCUAUCCAAGGACAUCCUCGUAGGAUGUCAAUGGACGAGACAGAAUUUUUAUCAAGUCAGAGACAUUUACAAGGACAUUUGCGAACAAUUGCAGGAUAUGUCAACCAAUCUCGUCAAAUUGACGACAUUAUCACACAAACGGCAACAGGCAAUAUUGACAUUGAAUCCGUAUUUCGAUAUGUCAAAGAAACUCACGCAUUCAGUACUAGUUUUAAACUUUUCAUAGAAGGAAGGUUUAAACAACUCAACCCAAAACUAAUGUCUUUACAAAGUGAUGUGAAAAAUAUCAAAGGAUGCCAAGACAGGCUUUCUCAGACUGUUUCCAAAAUCCGAAACCAGUUGGUAUGGAAAACAAAAUAUGAGUUUACGAAAG